AUUUCAGUCGAAGCGCGCCAGGCAGAGCGAACGUGGGUCUCGGCUGGGCUAGUCUUCUUUUUUUUUUCGUUUUCUAUUCUAUCUCUUUCACUGCGACUGCGCACGAGGAGAGCGCGAGUUUGCUGCUCGGCCUCGGUUAAGCGCGUGUUACGUCGGGCGCGCGCGCGCGCGCUCGCGCGUUCUCUCGAUUCUCUCCGUGCGUUCGCGUUUCAUACCUAACAGCGUGCGGUAUAUAUCUCCUGCAUCCUCCUGAUUUUUCGGAUGACGAAUAGAAAAGGAGAAAGAUAAAGGAUGAUAAGUGAAACCAGUGCGGUGCUGUGAGGUGUAAUGUGUAUUUUGUUCAUUACUCGAGAUGAAUGUAUUUCGAGAACCGAACGAGAGCGUAUCUCGUAUAAAGAAUACAUUUGUGUGAUCCUCUAGUAACAAUUUUGAUUACGAGAAGAAAAGAGAAGCCAAGUUAAGCGAGAAUGGAAUUUGGUGGUUACAAAGGGACCGGAUCACGCGUCAGGAUGCGUCGACGUGCUGAAUUGGGAAGACGUUUAACGAGGAGACUUUCAUUGGUCGCAAAAAUGCCGGCUGCCAUUCUUAACAGGGCAAAUCCGCCCGAACUUAGAUCAAUUGAGAUCACUGCGAUCGCACCCGACAAGACGCAACUCUCGUUAUCUGCUUCGUCUCCGGGAGCUAUAUCCCCUGUGGUUGCACCCGUUCUUUUAAAGUACCGAGUAUGCAAGCCAAGAUUAUUGCUCGCCGGUUCGAGAGCCGAAAUCGAUCCUGCAGCCGAUGUGGCACUUCUUCAUGGAGAAAUUUUGCUGAUCGAAGAUGCAGCAAGGCAAUACGAUCCACGAGGUGAUAUCGAUCGAAGGUAUAGAGCAACGGAGAAACUUUUGCACGCAGAGGAAGACUAUCGAGAGACAUUAUGUAGCGCGAAAGAACUUUACGCCCGACCACUCGCUCGAACUUAUCCCGAAUUUCACGACGUCAUUUUCCAACCACUUGCCGAUCUUUCAAGAGUCAGUAAUGAACAUUGUCAAAGGAUAUGCAGAGUACUUGAGAAUUGGGAUGCCAGUACUUUCAAACAGAGUGACUUAUUUCCAAAUUCUUUCUGGAAGUCUUAUUGGGAAUAUCUGGAGAGCUACAGUGAAGCUAGAAGAACUUUGGAGGAACUAAAAGCUUCUGAAGAUACACUGCUACACUUUCUUACUUUGAGACAAGCUGCUGCGAGACAUUCGCCAUUGUCUUUGCUCCUUCUACCGGUCCAGAGGUUAGCCGAAUAUGAAAGGUAUCUCGGGCAAGAAGCGAGAAAUUUGUCAGAGAACGGAAACGGAACCGUCGGAAGUGGUUCAGUCUUACAACGUGGCCAGCUCGAGGGUGACCUUCAUCGUAUCCAAGAGCUCUUUCCUGGCGAUAAUUUACGACUGCAUGAACGAGAUGUCCUCACCACGAAAAUGAAGAGUCUGAUUCGUAAGAGGAACGGCACAAAUCCAGGCAGAUUGACUAGAGUGUUGUCACAAAAAUCUCUAAAUGUUUCAAAUAAUUCGCCACCGUCAAAGUCACCACCGAGAACCUUUCUAUUGGAAACACCGGUACAAUUUACAACGGGUAUGCAGUCGCAAGAAAGACAUCUUUUCCUGUUCUCCGACCUCCUGCUGAUCGCGAAAGCACGAAGCGGAGGAAACUUCAAGUUGAAACAAUCCGUGAGGAUGAGCGAACUCUGGCUCACCGCCGGUCAUAUAGAUGACGUAGCGGAAACGAGCAAAUCUCAGGAAACCAGCUUCGUACUUGGCUGGCCAACGACGAACGUCGUAGCUACUUUCAUGACCGCAGCGGCAAGAGAUCUUUGGUGGGGCCGUCUUACCGAGCUUGUACGAGAGGAAAGCAUGAAGGAACCACCGGAUACGAACAUUCAAGUCGUGUAUCACGACAGCGACACGAACACGGAAUACUGUAAAACGAUAAUGGUUGGAUCCGAAAUGACGGCGGCAGCUUGUGUGAACUUGGCGACUAGAUUGUUGGAUCUUCAAGGACCAUUUCAACUUUGGGCUAGAACGUCGUCAGAUGAGGCGCCAUAUCCUUUAAUCGGUCAUGAAAGACCAUUCGCCGUAAAAAUGUCGAAUCUACGGCAUACCUUAUCGGCCGAGGAAGGUUUUGAUUUGGAACAUUGUAAUAAAUCUGGCCAUGACACUUGUCAUUUCAUUCUCCGACCUGUAUCGAAGUCACCGAUAAAGAAGAACAAGUCGAAAAUCACGGGUCUGUUGAGAAGAUCGCUUUCCUUAAAUCCCAGCAUUUUUGGUGUCAAUUUAUCGAGGUUGGACGAAAACGGAUUACCAAAGCCCGUGUUGGUCAUGCUUCAGCAACUCUUCGCGAAGGGACCAUUCACGCAAGGUAUCUUCCGAAAAUCGGCGAAUGUACGAAUCGUGCGAGAGUUGCGUGACCAAAUCGAGUCUACCGGUGAUCCGAGUUGUUUGGAAGCCGCACCGAUCAUAGCUGUGGCAGCAUUAUUAAAGGAUUUUCUUCGAUCUUUACCCGAUCCACUUCUAACUUCUCAUUUAUUUCCUCUUUGGAUGGAUAGUCUGGAAACACCAAAUCCUGUUCACACUAUUAAAAAUACUCUUGAUAGGUUGCCUAAAGCAAAUUAUACGUUGCUCUCGCAUUUAAUAUGCGUGUUGCAUCACAUAGCUAGGAGGUCGAAACACAAUUUAAUGUGCGCCAGUAAUCUCGGUGUUUGCUGUGGUCCGAGUCUUCUCUGGUCGCCAAAUCCCUCGGUAAAUCAAGGCAGGGCGAUUCCUACGCUGACGGAGAUGCUGAUUCGGCAUUGUGAAGUUUUGUUUGGUGAAGGUGUCACACAACUUCUUGGUGAGGAACGUAGCGACAGUGGAGCCGAAGAAAGCACGGACAGCCUUCACUCAGGUGGGCUUUCCUUGGACAGUCUGGAUUUAACAGAACCUCCACGCAAGGAUCACAUGUCACUUUCUCGUGAUUCGGGCUUGACAUUAUCGGAUUGUCAGCUCUUCAUCCCAGAGUCACCAGUCGGUUCGGAAGAUUCCGCUGUAAACGCAACAUCAUCGAGCUAUGAUAAGCCUUUGUUGAAAGAAGAUAACAAAUCUUAUGGAAAAACUUAUAUCCGUGUUUAUAGCGGCUGGGAAGAAAGGAUGAAUUAUGCAGGAAAUGGCGGUCACCAUCAUUCGAAUAACGUGGAACACAUUUUUAGAGAAGAAAGGAACAACGUGGGUUAUCCAAAUCCAAACUUUCAACGGCAAGACUGGCUUAGAGCCCAGUUAAAGAGAACGCCGAGAUCUAAAUUGGAUGAGCACGAACACCGCAAAGAGAGAUACGAUGAGAAAGACAUAUACGGUAGAGAUUAUCUCAGACAAGAUUCCAUGAAAGAGAAUGUAGAAAAUUGUAAGGAUAUUUAUAGGACUUCUCAGUUGGACAUAUCUCGUGAACUUAGAACCGAAUACGAAAGAACGUCGCAGCAGGAAAUCUGUAAGGAGAGAGUUUCCGAUCAGGAUCUAUCAAGUGACACAUCCUUAUCGAAUGAUCGGUAUGAAUUCAAGAAAGAGCAUUUUGGUGAAUUUAAAAAAGUCAACUCAGAAAUCUAUGUUAAUCGUGAUUCACCGGUGUCGCAUAACGGCAGCUACCAUUCCAACGGUGAUCUCUAUGAAUUCAAGAAAGUCAAGAGCGAAAUUUACGUGAAUAAGGAGAGCACUCGUACCGAAAGAUACGAGUCGGAUAGCAGUAUAUAUGGUAAUAGGGAAAGAGUGAACGAACUUUACGGAUCAUCCCGAGAAAGAAACGAUCUUUACUCGUUUAAACAGGCUGAGGCUAUCGAUUUGUAUGGCGAUGAAGACGAAGAUGAAGAGAGAAUUUGGCCAGAUACCCCACCACCUUUGCCACCGAGACUCAGGCACUUGCCACCAGUUCAUAUGAAUCUUGAGGAUAGACAUAAAGUUGCCGGUAGAUCCAGAUCACUACCACCACCCCCACCUUAUCGACCACCACCUCAGCCACGUGCACCGAUCACCACCAGGCAUAUGGGAUAUGGAAGAUCCGUCGUCGAUGAUGAAAGUUACGUUUGAAAGGGAGAAACUCUUGAUAAAUAAUAAUAGAGUAAAAUUACGUUUUUUCUUCUAUUUUUUUUUUCUUUGUUACAUCGAUUAAAAUUAUAGAUACAAUCUUUACAGGCACAUAAAAUUUAAUCUCUUAGAAGGGAAAAAAUUAAAUAAUAAAACCGUAUAUCUCUUCGCCUAUUUUUAUUUUCAAUUGUACGUUUAUUACGUUCGUUUAUUUUCCUCGAUGAAUUUUAUUAGUCUGUAAUAUUUACAUCUAUAAUUUUAUAUACAUCCUAUGUAUCUUACUCUUCACCGUGACUGAAGCUAGUCCAAAUCGGGAAACACACGGUAAAAGAGGAUAUGGUAGAUGUAAAUUAUCCAGUUGCGUUAUAUUGGAUAGAUAGAUUGCGCUCUCACUUUUUUUUUCACAAAAGGAAUACGAUUAUAUCAAAAUUUCACAUUUGUGAUAAAGAAGUCGAAAACGUUAAUAUUCCUAGACGAAUUUUGACUUUUUGCUUUUUACUAUUAUUAUUAUUAUUAUUAUUAUUAUUAUUAUUAUUAUUAUUAUUAUUAUUUUUAUUAUUAUUAAUAUUAUUACUAUUAUUACCGAUUCAGGGUGCUUCCACAACCGUAAAAUUAAAUAGACUAAUUGGACAUUUAUAGGCGUGAUUACAAAUAGACACAUUAUUGGAUAAAUACAGAUUAUAUUUAGACAAGACUCGCGUCGAAAUAAUGUUUGUAAUAUUUUCUUUAUAUAUAUAUAUAUAUAUAUAUAUAUAUAUAUAUAUAUAUAUAUAUACACAUAUAUAUAUUAUGUAAUAAAAGAUAUGUUCUGUAAGUAUGUCAUUGACAAGAAUAAAGUGAUGUCUUCCCAUGUACAGAUCGUCAAUCUUUAUAAGAAACUUUAUGAUACAUCCGACAGAUUGUAACUCUGUAAUUAUUAUUUUAUCACGUAAUCGUAUUGCGAAACUUCUAGUUUUCUUUCGUGAUAUACAAUUCUUUUGUAAUAUUAUCGUGACCAAACGCACAAUUCUUAUAUAUAUAUAAUUCUAUAUAUAUAUAUAUAUAUUUUAUAUUAAAAAUGCAAUAUAUCAUUCGUACAUCUAUUGUUCCGACUCAGGUGUAACGGUUUCUCUCUCUCUCUCUCUCUAUCUCUCUCUCUCUCUCUCUCUCUCUCUCUCUCUCUCUCUCUCUCUCUCUCUCUCUCUCUCUCUCUAUCUCACUUACUCACUCACUCAUUCACUGUUUCUUUCAUGAAUACUAUCACAAUUUAAUUUUAAUAAUAAAUGCGUUUCAAACGUAUUAUAACUCGUAAAAAAGGAAGACCGUGACCAUACUUCUUGUAUAAUAGUCAUAACAUUGAUAAGUUUCGUUAAUUGUAAUUAUUUUAUAAAGUGUAGAUUAUAUAGAUACGUAGAAUGCUUUAUUUUUGGAUAAUAGUGUGCGAUAAUCUUAGCUAUAUAAAAUAUUAAAAUCUCGUCAGAAUAUUAUGUUCAGCAAUUCUUUACUCUUUUUGUAUAUAUUCAUGUAAACAAUAGAACUCUUUUAUAAUUACUAAAUUUUUAAAUAUGUUUGAUAUCCUCGUAACGAUAUGUAUACUUAUCUAAAUUAUAUACAUCAAUUUAUAAAAGUAAAAAUAUAUUUCGUAUUUUAUAA